GUGAUGUUCUUCUCUUGUGUACAUGAAUGUCACAAAAUCAACUAGAAACUUCUCAUUGCAUCGUUUUCGGUAUGCUGCGUCACUUUAGGCUAGAGAAGUAAAGUUUAGGGCGAGGCUGGGACCCGUCUGCAGUCUAUGACGAAAGGACAAAAACCAAAGCUUUGUGUAAGCCUGUAACUGAGGCUGUAAGGAAGUAGACAGAAUGGUUUACAUUUCUGCAAAUGGGAGUUUGGGUCAGGGCUCUGAAGGAUGGAGCUUAUCACGCAUACCAAAUCUGUUUUGGGGCCUGACAAACUUCAUCGUCUUAUUUUUUCAGACCCUCGUGAAUCCACAGCUUAGUCGCAGAGGCAACAGCUACAUCUCUGACUACAGAGCACCAGGCAGAGGACCGCCUCCUGGACCGCCACGUAGACGAAUGGGGGGCUUACAUCGCAUGGGCGGUGCGGGGCCCCCUCCCAUGGCUGGAGGAGGAUGAGGAAGGUAAAUGGGGAGUCAUCCUAGCCUAGUUCCUCCACCACUGUCCUAGCUUGGAGUUCUUGGGAAUGACCUAGUGCCAUGCCUGUUGCAGGGAGAAUAUCCUACAAUACAUAAACCAUUUUUAACGCAAAUUUAUGCUUCAUUUUUUACAAAGUUCAUAUUUCAUGAGCUUGCUCCAAACCUUUCUGCUUUCGAGAAGCAUUUUGCUUCAACUUAAAAUGAUAAAAAUACCAAUCGGACCGUAAUAAAUAUAUUUUAAAACCUAUCUAGAUAGUGUUUUACUUUUUACAGCAGUUUCAUUGUGAAAGGUUACUGCCUUCAAAUAGGAUGAAGACAGUUGACUAAAGCAUGACAGGCAAUGGACGGGUCAAGGAGAACUUCUGUGGCUUUAGAGCAGUGGUAGUGGUGAGCUAGGCUUGUCUCCCCAUUCCUUGUGGUCCGUGCGUUUUGUAUCGCCUUGACAAUACGUCGGACUGCCUUCAUCAAGAGACGUCACCGCCACGUAUAUUGAACUAUUGUAUUGAUGGCAGUCUCUUGAUGGACGUUUCGACUUGUGUUGAUGUUGAGCUUACAUUGCACCGAGAAAAGCUGUUUUGAACAGAGUGCUCUUCCUCUGUUAGCUGUCUGUCCAAUCUAGCCUUUCCUGGCAGCAAUGAUGUAUGACGUUGUGUCUCGAAAACCAUUGCAUUGGUUGAGACGCUUCUGAAAUUUGCUCAGCACCGAUCGUGUCGAACAAAGCAAUCCUUUUGAACAGUCGCACUAUAACUGUAAAUUAUAUUUUGAGAAAUAUUUUCAUUAUUUACCAUGUUUUAAACUUAGUAGAGUAUAUAUACAUUAGUAAAUGUGCUAUCGUGAGUUACCCCUAGCUUGUCAUGACCCGUUAUGACAUGACAUUAUCAGUUUUUUUAAUGGAAAAAUAUAUUUAUCAUCUGUGGUCAGCUUCCAUCCCUAGCACCGUAGUACUGAAAUUUAUGCUUUUCCCAUUUCCGUUGAUGUUGAUCAGUUGUAUCUGCGCUGGAAAGCCAAAUUUGAUUUUGACUAGCGUAAACUUUUUCUCGGAGUAAGCAUUUUCGGGUUUAAGAAGUCUUCGUUGUAAAUAAGUAUUGCUAGUACGUCAUUUCUGACGGCUAGGAAUUAUUCACUAUUCAGUAGUAUAUUUUGUGAGUGUAAAUACCAUAUUUUAUUAAACCUUGUUCACAAA